UUUCGGAAAAAAGGUGAAAAUGGCUACUACACUUCAAUUUGCUCUUCCCUCCAUCGCUGGGCGCCGGCGUCGGCCGGAUUCACGCUCCAUUAUCAGACCGGUCAGGUGCGCAGCUGACCGGCAGGCGCUUUUUAACCGCAUUGCACCUGUUUAUGAUAACUUGAAUGACUUGUUUAGUUUAGGAAGGCAUAGAGUGUGGAAGCGGAUGACUGUUUCCUGGAGCGGAGUGAAAGAAGGAGAUACUGUGUUGGAUGUUUGUUGUGGAAGUGGAGAUUUGGCUUUUCUGUUGUCUGAGAAAGUUGGAAUCAGUGGCAAGGUGAUUGCUCUCGAUUUCUCAAGGGAGCAGUUACAAAUUGCUGCAAGUCGCCAGAGUGAACGAUCAAAGGCCUGUUACAAGAACAUCGAGUGGAUUGAAGGAGACGCAGUCAAUUUACCCUUCUCGAAAUCCUCGUUUGAUGCCGCAACAAUUGGCUAUGGCUUACGAAAUAUUGUAGAUAGGAGAAAAGCUAUGGAGGAGAUGUAUAAAGUUCUGAAACCUGGAUCAAAAGUAUCAAUUCUUGACUUCAACAAAAGCACUAGCUCAUUAAACUCUUCGAUUCAGGAUUGGAUGAUUGACUACAUAGUGGUUCCUAUUGCAAGUGGCUAUGGCCUAGCCAACGAGUACCAUUACUUGAAGAACUCAAUCAAGGAAUAUCUGACGGGAAACGAGUUGGAGAUGCUAGCUGGAGAAGUGGGCUUUUCUGAGGCCAAGUUCUAUGAGAUUGGUGCAGGGUUCAUGGGGAAUUUGGUGGCGACCCGUUAGGAAGGUUCCAUUGCCUGUCUGAUCUUCUCAAACUGAAUCACGUAUUUUACCUGUUGUUUUUAUAGUUGAGUGAUGCUGUAGAUAGGUUAAAAUAUGAUAUAGUAUAUUCAUACAUCAGCCUCCCCACAAGCACAACAUCCUUGGGAAUUUUGUGCCUAUGCAUAAGUUAGUGCUUAAUCUAUACUAAAAUCUGUUUGUAUCACUACAUUGCUGAAUGAAAAUGUCAAAAUUUAUAUA